ACCGUCCUCAAUUCUCCCAAAUGCGCGGCAACGGCAGGGUAUCAAGUUGUCAACUGUCAAAUUAAUCAUCCUAUGCCACCCCCACCCCCCCCAUCACGCUCACUCUCACUCAGCCACCACCCAUCACACUUACUCCCCUCUCACUCACCCAUCAACGUUGAGGGAAGAAGACGAUAACAUCUUCCGGGGCAACUUGGUGAUCUCACAAACCCGAGCAAACCCAUCUCUCUCGUAAAUUCAUAAUCUGGGUUGUUUGUGGCAAACAAGCUCCAAUUGAUAUCAAGUGUCGUACACUAUGUCAUCUGCCGCGGUGCAGUUGUAUAUUCAAGGCCCCCAUGUGGUGAUGGAUAAUGGCAUACUCCAAGUUACCUUAUCAAACCCAGAUGGCAUUGUCACUGGAAUACGAUAUAAUGGCAUUGACAAUUUGCUUGAACCUCUUAAUAAGGAAACUAACAGAGGUUAUUGGGACCUUGUUUGGAGUGCACCAGGAAGUAAGGGAAUAUUUGAUGUGAUAAAAGGUACAACUUUUAAGGUUAUAGUGGAGAAUGAGGAACAGGUUGAGCUCUCAUUUUCAAAAACAUGGGAUCGCUCUCUUGAGGGGAAAUACGUUCCCCUAAACAUAGACAAAAGAUUUGUAAUGCUCCGUGGUUCCUCGGGCUUCUACUCCUAUGCCAUUUACGAGCACCUGAAGGAUUGGCCUGAUUUCGACAUUGGUGAAACCAGAAUAACCUUUAAACUGAGAAAAGACAAGUUCCAAUACAUGACUGUAUCAGACAACAGGCAGAGAUACAUGCCCCUACCUGAUGAUCGGUCAUCAGGACGAUGUCAAGCCCUUGCCUACCCAGAGGCUGUCCUACUUGUCGAUCCCAAGAUGAAAGACCUCGCAGGAGAGGUGGAUGACAAGUACCAGUACUCAUGUGACAACAAAGAUAAUAAGGUUCAUGGGUGGAUAUGCACCAACCCACCAGUCGGGUUUUGGCAGAUCACGCCCAGUGAUGAAUUUCGAUCUGGUGGACCUCUAAAACAGAACCUAACCUCACAUGUCGGCCCUACCACUCUUGCUAUGUUUCUUAGUAGUCAUUAUGCGGGACAAGAUCUGGUGCCAAAAUUUAGGGGUGGCAAACCGUGGAAGAAGGUUUUCGGCCCUGUUUUUAUCUAUCUCAAUUCUUCCACAAUUAAAGAUGAUCCGUUUUGGCUAUGGGAGGAUGCUAAAAUACAGAUGAUGACAGAAGUACAAAGCUGGCCAUAUAGUUUCCCCGCAUCUGAGGAUUUCCAAAAGUCCGGUCAACGGGGUAAUGUGAGUGGUAGACUACUUGUCUUGGACAGGUAUAUAAGUGAAGAAUACACACCUGCAAAUGGUGCGUAUGUUGGUCUUGCCCCACCAGGAGAUGCGGGAUCAUGGCAAAGAGAAUGCAAGGACUAUCAAUUCUGGACAAGGGCAGAUGACCGUGGUUAUUUUUCUAUUAACAAUGUGCGUACUGGCACUUACAAUCUUUAUGCAUGGGUGCCUGGUUUUAUUGGAGAUUACCGGUAUGAUGCUGUCAUUAACAUAACCUCAGGUUCUUUUAUCGAAAUGGGUGAUCUUGUGUAUGAACCUCCAAGAGAUGGGCCAACAUUGUGGGAAAUAGGCAUUCCUGAUCGUUCUGCUGCAGAGUUUUAUGUUCCUGAUCCUGAUCCAAAGUAUAUCAACAGACUUUUCAUAGAUCAUCCUGACAGGUUCAGGCAAUAUGGGCUCUGGAACAGAUAUGCUGAAUUAUAUCCCGAUGAAGACUUGGUUUACAUUGUCGGUGUUAGUGAUUAUGCUAAAGAUUGGUUCUUUGCUCAGGUUCCCAGGAAAACAGACAACGGACAUGAAGGAACAACAUGGCAGAUCAAGUUUGAACUGAAAAAUGUGGAUCGGAGCGGUAGCUAUAAAUUGCGAGUUGCAAUUGCAUCUGCAACUCUUGCUGAAUUGCAGGUUCGGAUUAACGAUCCAGAUUCAAGGCGACCUCUAUUUACAAGUGGAUUGAUAGGGAGGGAUAACUCGGUUGCAAGACAUGGAAUCCAUGGGAUUUACUGGCUGUACAACAUUAACGUACCAGGCGCUCAGCUUGUUGAGGGGAAUAAUACUUUCUUCUUUAGACAACCAAGAUGCACCAGUCCUUUCCAAGGGAUUAUGUACGAUUAUAUACGAUUUGAAGGUCCCCCACCUUGUAGUUUCAGUUCAUCUUAGAUUCAAGUGCAUAUGUUUGUAUCAGCGUGUGUAAUAUUUCAUGUACAUAUAUCUACAUACAUACAGUUGAAUAAUAUUACAUACAUACAUGUAAUUAUAGUUCAAAAUAAAAUAAAUGCAAGCGCGGUUUGUA